AUGACACUGUCACCGGAAGCCAUCAUCGCGAUGGUCGCUCUUUUCGUUGCGUGCAUCCCAUAUUUGAAAUCCAUCAUUUUCUAUUACCUGAUGAAGGUCCGACAGCAGCAGAAUGGAAUUCAACAGAUAGGACUCUCCCAGCUCGAGAGGCCCAAUUUUGUUAUCCACACCUCUGUGGUGCUCCUAGGCCUUAAUUCAAGCCAUGACUCCGGGGAUGAAACUCAUACCCGCCACAUUGUUCCCGAACGUUACCAGAUCGAUGCUGUUCUUAACAGUCCAUCCCCAUCUGGCUCUGAGUCAAUGGGCUCCCCCUCUCACCGUGCCCGUCAUAUCCCUCCUCCAUUCUAUCUUCUUGGGCGCUUAUGCACAUUGUUACGGGAACAUGACAUUGCGAUACUGCUAUCCCGAGUUGGAGCUACAGUUCUUCUGAUCCGAAGAGCUGCCAUCUCAGACGAGGAAAACCAGCAUUUGGCUGGUCCGGAGGCGAAUAUUAUCGACUUAGACGAAGACGAUCAGCUAGGAUGA